AUUAAAAGUCAUGGUUAAUAGCUACCUAGCUAAGGGUAGGCGGAUUUAUUGAUCCAGGUGGAUUUAUUGAUUGUUGUCAAGUGCAAUGCCCGGAAAGACUAACAUGGAUCGUUGAGCCACACGGUUGGCCAUUUAUGAUAGCUCUGUGAAACGAGACAACGAAACGACCCAACAGCAAGCCAAUCGCGUUGUCUUCAAAUUGCAAUAGCUCUCAUAGCUGGCUCUUGGGUUGCUCGUCUGUUGAUGAAUUGAGUCUUCUUGGGCUUGCUGGGAAUCAAUGGAAUCCUUUCUCCGACUUGACGUGUCCCCAACAGCUCUACCGUCCAACUUCAGCUGUAACGGUAGUCUUCAAUCGUUUCGAGAAUGUUCUUGAGUUCUUGGAGACCAACUUCUCCCAACAACGGACAGUAAUUAGCUAUGUGACUCGUGCGACUUAGCGAGAGUUUCGGCGUACCUUCUAAGUGACCGUAAACUCCCUCCUUUGUACCAUCCCAAGAUUUCGAAUGAGUGCUAACAUACUCGGGAAGUGGAUUUUACUAUGAAGGUUUUUGAUACCUGAAGACGGUUACUUAGCCCACCUAUCAAUCAGUUCAAGAGCAAGAAUCGUAACCAAGCCACCGGAACUAGAACGAGAAUGUAGACUAUGAAGCAGCAGAAGUCCCAACCAACCGUAGCUUUCUCACUUCGAUCUGAUCGAUUGUGGUGAGAAUCUUUGCUUAGCUCUUUGGUUAUAAUAUAUUUCAUUGACAACCAUGACCGUCAUGAUCACUCGACAGUAUUUGAUAUUUCUUUUCAUUGGUCUUCUGGCAAAAGCGGGAGCUCAGAGCACCAUUAUCGCAAGUGCACAGGAUUCCUAUGGUUUCGUGCUAGAGGUGCCGAACUUCGACACUACGAAUACCACUAGUCACAAUGGUACCGAUGCAGGUGAAGACGUCACCUUCACAGGACAGGGUGGAAUAGUUGAAGGAGAGUCCACGGUCGUCACCGGGGACGGAGCUGUACUCGAAGGCGAGUCCACAAGCGUCACCGGGGACGGAGCUGUACUCGAAGGAGAGCUCACAUUCACGUUGUCGCCCACCUUCCGACCGUCUUCCAGUCCAACUCGGCAGCCUACUCCCAAUCCAACGCCCAAUCCAACGCCAGAACCAAGCAGCAGCCCAUCCCAGCAACCGACAAAGUCUCCCACUGACCCGCCAACGCCUCUCCCUACUGGGUCCCCUACCCCGUCUCCCACGAACCCACCGACCCCAAGUCAGACUACCAAAUCUCCUACCCCGAAUCCAACGCCUUUCCCCACAACGUUGCGACCCACACCUAACCCAACACCUUUUCCCACCACAAGGCAACCAACCGGAAACCCAACAGAGCCCCCAACAAACCCACCAACACCAUUCCCAACUACCCUAAAUCCCACGCCUUUCCCUACCACCAAGCGUCCCACACCCAAUCCCACACCUUUCCCAACUACCAAGGUCCCUACCCCCAAUCCCACUCCUUUUCCCACAACGUUGCGGCCCACACCUAACCCAACACCUUUUCCCACCACAAGGCGACCAACUGGAAGCCCAACAGAGCCUCCAACAAACCCACCAACACCAUUCCCAACUACCAAGCGCCCUACACCCAAUCCCACACCUUCCCCAACCACCAACUCCACCCCCAAUCCCACCAAUAACCCCACACCACCUCCCACACCUUUCCCAACUACCAAGCAACCUACACCCAACCCCACACCUUCCCCAACCACCAAAUCUCCUACCCCUGGUCCCACUCCUUUUCCCACCACAUUGCGACCCACACCACCUCCAACCCCAUCUCCCACUACCAAAGCUCCAACCCCCAAUCCUACAAAUAGGCCUACACCCCGACCGAGCUCGUCCCCUUCGACCAUCCCAAGUUUGGAUCCAACUGACUUCCCAACGUGGUCCAGCGACAUGCCCACAAGCGAACCGACCUCUGAAGUCACAGAGCUAUUGAUCUCCGAGAACUUGGGACAGUUUACAAAAGAACCCACAGAUCGCCCCACUGUGUCUCCUUCCAUGGCUCCCUCGCAAAACCCAUCUCCAAAUCCCACGCCAAGACCAACUACGAGGGCUCCAACCCUUUCCCCAACCGAGCCUCCCACCAACCCACCAACAAAUCCUCCAACAAACCCACCUACAAAUCCUCCAACAGGAUCACCAACAAACCCACCAUCACCUUUUCCAACAACCAAGUUUCCUACCCCCAAUCCCACACCGUUUCCAACAACCAAGUCACCAACCCCAGGUCCCACCCCUAUCCCCACAACGUUGCGACCAACGCCAAGUCCAACUCUAAAUCCAACACCAAUGCCAACACUUGAACCUACUUUGCCACCUACAACGCUGAAUCCUACGCCAGUUCCCACCAAAAAGCCCUCGCCAUUUCCAACGUUUAUUGUAACCGAGGCCAUUGUUGUCACUCCAAGGCCAACAACAAGGCCUCCAACCCAGAUGCCCACACCUGCCCCAACAAAUCAGCCCACCCCAUUGCCUACACCUGAUCCUACCCUCGCUCCUACACCAGACCCGACUCUGGCUCCAGUAACGCCCGGGCCUACACCUCUUCCAACAGAGAAUCCGACACCUCUUCCAACAGAGAAUCCGACACCUGGGCCCACGCCUUUCCCAACCGCGAAUCCCACUCCCGAGCCUACACCUGGGCCAACUCCAGAAGCAACCACCGGCAGCCCCACCUUCAGACCAAGUAGGAGACCUACCCUGAAUCCUACUAGGAGGCCUACAGGAUACCCAACCAACUUUCCCACCAGGGCUCCAAUAGUAUCGCCCACUCCCAGGCCGACUGAAGAGCUCCUUCUGGCAAGGGAACCUCCCACAUUUGAACCAACUGACAAUCCUACCAACAAGCCUACGGGCAGUCCCACGUAUUCACCCACCGAUUUCCCAACCUUUGAACCAACUGAAUACUACAAGGGAAAUAGUAAGAACAAGGACAAAGACAAGGAUGAGAAGAGUGAGAGUGAGGACAGUACCGACAGCGAAGCCCCAUCGAUUCAACCAUCUCCUUGGCCCAGUCCCCGACCCACUCCCGGACCCACUGAUGUGCCAACGCCACUGCCAACGCCUUUUCCGACUCCCAUGCCAACUACCACACGCGAAUUACCCACCGGCAGUGAAAGCAACGUCGAUACCGGAUCAAACUUGGACAAUGUAAAUGCUGAAGAACAGCCCAGCCCUACAGAUGCUCCUGUUGUGCCUGCUACGCCAGCGCCAGUACCUGCUACACCAGCACCGGUGCCUGCUACGCCAGCACCGGUGCCUUCUACGCCGGUGGAGCCUGAUCCAACAGGUGGCACCGUCUACCCUCCCGAGCAAAGUGGAAACUCUGGAGUUUGCGUCUUUUGUGACGAUCCUGGUUACGUCGUCGACCCAAACAUCAAGGUGGACAACGUCUCGUGUGCAGAUUGGGAGAUUGCUGCAUGGACAAGCCCUCCGUUUGAAGACUGUAUCCUGCUGAGAGCCACUGCCGUGGCAUUUUGCGAGUGCCCCUUGACAAACGCUGGCACAAUUCAAGGUACUGCAACCCAAGUCGUCGGUGAUGUCUGCGGAGACAUUUGCCUCGGCGCAGAUACCUCGCUCGUUACAUCGCGACAGUUCGAUAACUCCAAGCGGCUGCCCAACUCUGAACUGACCUGUGCUGAUGUUCUUAACCUCCCAGCUGUGGACGGAGAGGAUACCUGUCGUGUCAUUGAAGAAACUUAUGGAUUUUGGUGUGGAUGUCCAGGAGUUGCCCCGCCGUGUACUCUGUGUGACAACGGGUUGCCGCCGUCUCGUCCUAGCGCUCAGUUUUCAAGAACCGGAGAAACCUGCGGGGCCAUUGCAGACACUAUCGCCACGGUGCCAUCGUCACGAUGUAAUGAGUACAAGACCGGCCUCGAGGUUUCUUUGGGCUAUGACGUUCAAGGGUUCUGCGGAUGCCUUUCGGAUGAGUUUUUGGAAAAUGCCAACAGUGCUGGAAGUUCCGCUUCCGUUUGUGAUAGCCCUUGCCCGCCUGGCAGGCCAUACCAAACGGAGACGGCACAGACAACGCUUGUACCAAACUGGGGUGCCCCAUGUUCUGAUUGGGUCAACAGGUUGCCAUUCAUAACCAACAGAUUCUGUGCACACAAGCCACCUACACCGACCACAGAAGGGACGAAAUCAAUCUUGACAUAUGACAUCACCGCAACCUUCGACAAAACGGAAAAGACAGGGACAUUCACCGUCAAGGUGUAUGUUCGGCCGCGGUCCAAGGGCCGGCUCAAGUUGACUGGUGCAGCGUCGUUCAACAAAUUGCUUGGAUCGUGGUUCAAUAUCUUCCCGUUUGCUCUUUCGGAUCUACAUGGCUCACUCACUGCAGAAAAAUCAGACUCGGAUGAUGGGUAUCCGGUCUACUCGCUUUCCAAUCGAGCAGUCAAUGUGCCACCAUUCACGCUGAGCAACUCGGAAUGGAAAACGGCCCUGAAAAAGAUGAAGUCCGAGAUCAAUGACUCUAUGCAAGAACACAACUCACAAGCCAAAGCCUCCCCAAAACUCGCUGCAUUUGGAGUCAACCCGUGA